AUGGAGACGAUAUCCAAGUGCUUCGGCGCGCCCGACGAAUCCAAGGCGACUGCUAUUAUCGCAACGACAGUCGUAACCACAAUAACGCUCAUCUCCGUUGCGCGCUUCGUCCUGUGGCCGAGGAAGACGCCCAUAAUCCCCGGGGCCCUGACAACGAGCGUGCCGAGGCUGUCGGAGGCUGAACUCCAGGAUGUCGCUUACAGGACCGACCACUUCCCCGGCGCAAGGGACGUGGUGACGCCGUACGGCAACAUCCGCGUCUACGAGUUCGGGCCAGAAGACGGGAGGAAGGUCCUCAUGCUGCACGGAAUUAGCACAUCAUGCAUGACCCUCGCCGACCUCGCCGUAGGGCUCGAGGAGAAGGGCUGCCGCGUCAUGCUGUUCGAUCUCUUUGGGCGCGGCUAUAGCGACGCUCCGGGUGAUCUCCCCUACGACACACGCCUCUUCACGACGCAGAUCCUGCUGGCGCUCGCGUCGUCGCCGCUGCCCUGGACGGGCGACGCGGGCUUCAGCCUGGUCGGCUACUCGCUCGGCGGCGGCAUCGCGGCCAACUUUGCCGCCACUUUCCCGCGGAUGGUAGCGUCUUUGCUUCUCCUUGCGCCGGCGGGGCUCAUCCGCCCGGAGAACAUCGGCCGUGCCAGCCGGCUGGUCUUCACGUCUGGGAUCGUGCCGGAGCGCCUGCUGGCUUGGUUGACGAAGCGGCGGCUGCGCACGCCCAUCGACAAUGCGGUCAGCAAGCGGCGCAAGGCGUCGAUGUCUUCGUCAGCUGGUAACACUAAUGGUAACAGCUCGUCCGGGCAGACGACGUCUUCGGAGAACCAGGAGAACUACCUCGACGUGGCCGUCCAGGAAGCAGUGGACCCGCCCUUGGAGCCAUCGCCAACGCCGACCGAGCUGCGCGUCGCCAGCUUCGUGCACUGGUCGCUGGACUACAACGAGGGCUUUGUGCCGGCUAUGAUGUCGACCAUGCGCUAUGCACCCCUCAUGGACCAACAACACUACUGGCGGCUGCUGUCGCAGCGCGAGCCGGGAACUACGGCUGUGCUACUGGGACGCAAUGAUAACCUGAUUCAGAGGGAGGACUACGAGGAGGAUGCGCUGCCGCUGCUCGGUGGGAAGGAUAAUGUGUUUUGGCGUAUCGUGCCGGGCUCGCAUAACUUUCCCUUUACCAACGGGCCUGAGGCGCUGGAGGUCAUUUAUGAGUUUUGGGGGAUGAAUUGA